GCCCGCAGAGCCCAUGGAGAUCCUGAAGACAUGGCCCCGCCUGACUCCCAAGGUCAGGCCCACAGAGGUGUCUGUGUAGGUAGCACUUAAAAAAUGAAGCGCAAUCAGGACUCAGAGGUCCGACUUCUCGGAACCUGACGAGGAGUGCGGUCGGGUUCUUGAAGGACCACAGACAGGAAAAUCCGAGGAGCCAGGGAGCGGAGGUGUGGGUGCAGAGAGGGCCCCGCGGGGCAUUUGGAAGAGGGGAGCUCGAGUCACCAGAAACGGAAACUCCAAGUGAUAGGGAGCCAGAUGCCUGGACAAGGAAGCCCUGGGCUGGCAGUCAGAGACGGACUCUGAACACCGGGGUCAGGAGAAAGCAUGGCCCCGUGUCCAGGUGUCCAGGUGUCCAGAGAAUGUCCCCAGGUGAAGGCUGGCAGCUAACACCUGGGUGUGCCCGAGAUCAGAAGGAAAGGCACCCUGGCCAGGAGGGAGGGUGAUGAGUUUCCAUUCAAUAGAAAUCCACUGGUUACCUACCUACACUGCACCAGGCCCUUUGCUGGAUUCCGGGGAGUCCCACACCCCUGCCUUCAGCAUCCAGAGAGUAAAACAGCCUUAACGAGCUAACCAGACAGAGCCAGGCAAGCGUUCCGACACGGAACACACCUGCGGAGGAAUCGCUGCCUGGAGGCCAGUGAUUAGCUUGCCACGGGUACCAGGAAGCUUCACAGAGAGGCCACCAUGAGAGUGAAGUUGUCUGGACAGCCUCUGACCUCACAAUACCCACUGGGCCAGCCUUGCAACUUGCAAACUCUGGCGCCCUCCUCCAGCCCGGGCAAGGCCCGGGGCCCUGGGCAGCCUCCAGGUGCAGUGCCCUCCGGUGGGCCGCGCCCUUCCCGCUGCCCUGGGGCAUGUCUCUACUCACCAAUUAUGAGGGGCUUCGGCAUCAGAUUGAGAGGCUAGUGCGGGAAAAUGAGGAACUGAAGAAGCUGGUGCGGCUCAUUCGGGAGAAUCACGAGCUUAAGUCGGCCAUCAAGACGCAAGCAGGUGCCCUGGGCCUCAGCGGGUUCAGCAGCGGGCUUGGUGAGGCGUCAACUGGACCUUCUCAACGCCAGGGUGUCCUCCUGCCCGCGGCCCCAGCCGCAGCCCAUGAACCUGCCCUGGACGAAGCGGGGAUGGUGGGGCUGGCGUCCAUGGCCGACAUGCUGAACAGCCCGCAGCCCAGCCCCAUCAGCAUGCUGCUGUCCUCCCUAGGGCCCAUGUCGCAGAACAGCGCGCUCUACAGCCUCCUGGCCAACCCCAUGGCAAUGUCCAUGCCAAGCGCCAUGGCCAGCUCUCUGGGCCUGCCCUCCACCGGCUCCCUGACUCCGCACGGCCGCCUGAGUGGCUCCAUGAGGGCGUCCCCAGCAGCCACUCAGACCAGCAGCCUGGGCCUGCCUUCCACCGGCUCCCUGACGCCAAGCAGCCCCCUGGUGGGCCCCCUGUUCACCUCCACGACUGCCCCCCCAGGUGUUUCUCAGAACCUGGCCAACCCCGCGACCAAUGUGGAGGCCCCCCGGGUGCGGCUGGCAGAGCCCCCCCAAGGACCCGCCUCUGGACCCCACCCCUCAGCGGGCGCUGCGGGGCCUGCUGCCACCAGCAAAAUCCCUCUCUCCACCGAGCACCCCCUGCCGACCCAGGACCCCGAGCCCUUCAGCAUGACGUUCGUGGGUGGGCCCAUCCAGACCUCCACCCCUGUCGGCGCCGUGGGCACAUCUGCCCCUGAUCCCGCUCCCCCAGCUGCCACCAAUCACAGCCCCUCCAACACCGCCCACAUUGCCCAGGGCACCACCCACUCAGGCACCCGAGUGAACCCCUCCUCGGCCCGACCCUCAGCUACCUCCCCUCCACGGUACCCCCACUCCCCACCCCGAACCUCCUCCUCCCCUGCUUCUGUCAACGGCCCACGCGGCUCUGAAACGGCUCGGAAGAGCAUCCUGGAGUUGCAGCGGAAGCUGGCCCACCGCAAGACCAGCAAGUUCCCCGAGAGCCCCCGAGAGCCGAAGCAGCUGGCCUUGGAGAGGUUGGUGGGGGAGAUCGCGUUCCAGCUGGACCGCAGGAUCCUGUCCAGCAUCUUCCCGGAGCGCGUGCGCCUCUACGGCUUCACCGUCUCCAACAUUCCCGAGAAGAUCAUCCAGGCCUCCCUGAACCCCAAUGACCACAAGCUGGAUGAGGAGCUGUGCCAGACGCUCACCCAGCGCUACGUGAGCAUCAUGAACCGGCUGCAGAGCCUGGGCUACAACGGGCGGGUGCACCCGGCGCUGACGGAGCAGCUGGUGAAUGCCUACGGCAUCCUGCGCGAGCGGCCAGAGCUGGCCGUGUCCGAGGGCGGCUCCUACACCGUGGACUUCCUGCAGCGCGUGCUGGUGGAGACGGUGCACCCCAGCAUGCUCACCGACGCGCUGCUGCUGCUCUCCUGCCUCAGCCAGCUGGCGCACGACGACGGCAAGCCCAUGUUCAUCUGGUGACGGCGGCCUGCCCCGCCGGCCCAGGCUCGCUGGGCCCAGCUCCCCCACGCGUAGACAUUAAAGAUUCCCACGGUGCUGGCCGCGGGGCCUGCCCGCACUCCUGGCCGUGCUGCUUCCUUGGGUGGUUCCCAGUGCCCGCUCCCCUUUGCCCGGUCAGUACUGACGGCCCUGGGGCAGCUGCCUGGCCGAGGGGGGUUCAGAAGGCCCCAAGGCUCCCCUGGCCUGGCCGUGGGAGCAGCGAGAGGCCCUGACUUGGCGGGAGGAGCAGGAAGCAGGAAGGAGCCGAGCUGGCAGGGAAGGCUGUGGCAGUGUCUGCACCCCUGGCCACAACUGUGGGCUGGGGCCUGGGUGCAGCGCAGAGGCAGAUUGGACGCGAGAGGAGGAUGUGGCUGUGGGAGUUCCUCCUUCUGGACCAGGCAGGGAUGAAGGGGGAGGUUCUGGACCCUCUUGAGAGCAGGGGGACAUGAGAGGGAGGGAAGGGAACCAGGAGAAAGCCUCCCAUGGACCUGGACAUGGGUAGCCCAGGGGGAUGGGACCCCUUCCCAAGGCACCCGGGGCCCAGGGAGCAGAGGCAGCUCCACCGGGUGCCGAGACCAGCCCCCACCUGCUGCAGGGGCAGAGGCAGGAUGGGAAAGCAGAACAGAGCAGGGGAGCUCGGCCCCAGGCGUGGCUCAGGGGUUGAGUGUCCACCUAUGAACCAGGAGGUCUG